GUGGAGGAGAGUCAGGAAUGGUGCUCCUGGAAAAGGAGGCGACUCCAGAGGAGGCAACAAAUCCCCGGGAGCGGGAGCAGCGCCAAGGAAUCCGCAGAGAAUUCCCAGCCUCCUGCCUACAGCCCAUGGAUGAGGGAUCCUGCCAGGAUUAUUCCCUGCUCUGGUACUUCCACCCCGAGGCCAAGGCCUGCAGACCCUUCAUUUUCGGGGGAUGCCGAGGGAACGGGAAUCGCUUCCCAUCCCGGCGGGAAUGCGAGCAGCACUGCGGAGCCUCGGCAGGUAAGGCAGCCCCACAACCCUCCAAAUCCAGCCAGGAGGGAGGGAAAAGCAGGAAAACCUGGAUCACCAAAUGGGAUCCUGGAUCACCAACUGUGACCCAAGAUCACCAAAUGGUUUCCUGGAUUACCAAAUGGGAUCCUGGAUCACCAACUGUAGUCCUGGAUCACCCAAUGUAUCUUGGAUCACCAGCUGUGACCCUGGAUCACCCAGUGGGAUCUUGGAUCGCCAAAUGGGAUCCUGGAUCACCCAAUGGGAUCCCGGAUCACCAGCUGUGA